AUGACUGGAGGAAAGUCCGGCGGUAAGGCUAGCGGUGCCAAGAACGCUCAGUCCCGUUCUUCCAAGGCUGGUCUGGCCUUCCCUGUUGGUCGUGUCCACCGUCUGCUCCGUAAGGGUAACUACGCCCAGCGUGUUGGUGCCGGUGCCCCCGUCUACCUCGCCGCCGUCCUCGAGUACCUCGCUGCUGAGAUCCUCGAGUUGGCUGGUAAUGCCGCCCGUGACAACAAGAAGACUCGUAUCAUUCCUCGUCACCUGCAGCUCGCCAUCCGUAACGAUGAGGAGUUGAACAAGCUUCUCGGUCACGUUACCAUCGCCCAGGGCGGUGUCCUCCCCAACAUUCAUCAGAACCUCCUCCCCAAGAAGACCCCCAAGGCCGGCAAGGGUAGCCAGGAGCUUUAA